GGGAAGCGUACAAAAGAUCAAGAUCGUUCAACAUGAGCUUGCAAAAGGAUAAGUUACAGUAUAUGUCAGGAUUUGGUAAUGAAUUUACCAGUGAAGAUCCCAGGUGUCCUGGUGCUCUGCCACAAGGACAGAAUAACCCACAGAAAUGUAGAUAUGGACUGUAUGCUGAACAAUUAUCUGGUUCUGCCUUCACUGCACCAAGGGAAAGUAAUGUCAGGAGCUGGCUUUACCGUAUCAGACCUUCCGUCAAACAUAAUCCAUUCAAAGCAAUCGACAAUGGUCUAUUUACUAAUGACUGGGACAAAGUUAAACCAAACCCAAACCAGAUGAGAUGGAAACCAUUUGAUAUAACAAAAGUAAGCCAGAAGAAAGUGGAUUUUGUUCAGGGUAUGGCCACAGUUUGUGGAGCAGGAGACACCAAAGGUAGACAUGGACUGGGCAUAUAUAUUUACACCUGUAACACAUCAAUGGAUAAUAAAUGUUUCUACAGUUCAGAUGGAGAUCUUCUGAUAGUACCACAACAAGGAGGAAUUUUGAUUACAACAGAGUUUGGAAAAAUGCAGGUUGAUCCAAAUGAAAUCUGUGUUAUUCAGCAAGGAAUAAGGUUUAGUGUUGCAGUAUCAGGAGAAACCAGAGGCUACAUGAUGGAAGUAUUUGACGGGCAUUUUACACUUCCUAAUCUAGGACCAAUAGGUGCCAAUGGGUUAGCAAAUCCUAGAGAUUUUUUGACACCUACAGCCUGCUAUGAAGACAAAGAUUGUGACUAUACAGUUGUUAGUAAAUUUCAAGGUCACCUUUUCUCAGCAAAACAGGAUCAUUCCCCAUUUGAUGUAGUAGCUUGGCAUGGAAACUAUGCACCAUAUAAAUAUAAUCUGGAUAAUUUCUGCACUAUGAAUACAGUAUCAUUUGACCAUGUGGACCCUUCAGUAUUUACAGUUUUAACAUGCCAGUCAUUAAAACCUGGGACUGCUAUAGCAGACUUUGUGAUUUUUCCUCCAAGAUGGAGUGUAGCACAGAACACAUUUAGACCACCCUAUUACCACAGAAACUGUAUGAGUGAGUUUAUGGGACUUAUACUUGGUAAAUAUGAAGCAAAGGAGGAAGGUUUUAGUCCUGGAGGUGCUACAUUACACAGUAUGAUGACUCCUCAUGGUCCAGAUGCCGAGUGUUUUGAGAGUGCUUCCAAUGCUGACUUAAAACCACAAAGAGUAGCAGAUGGAACUAUGGCUUUCAUGUUUGAGUCAUCAUUAAGUAUGGCUGUGACUGAGUGGGCAAAUAAGACCAAAGUAGACGAGAAAUAUUAUGAAUGCUGGCAGCCAUUGAAAAAACAUUUUACGAUAGCUGAAAAUGAUACCAAUGGUCCAUCCGAAGCUAAAAAGAAGAAAGCAAAGUAAACUUCAGCCGAAAUGGUUUUAUCCUAUGCAGAUUGAUAUUUUAUGAACUGUUAUUGUUGCAUCAUCACAGCUGCUAUUUGUUGAUCUCUUGUUUUUAGCUUUACUAUUUACAUUUAUAGCAUAUAUACUUGAGUGUGUAGAGAGCUCAAUAAUGUUCAGUUUGCCUCUUUUUUAGGCUGACUAUGAAACUAUUCUUCUUUGUGAAAGAGUACCAAAAGUUAUUAAAUGUACUACAUUUCAGACAAAUCCUUAGGAUGACUUAAAAAUCUAUUUUGAUUAGUUCCAUCUUUCCUAGUCAAGGGUUACGAUCCUACCCCUUCCUCUUCACCAUUGGCAGAUUAAGACAGAAUUUGUUUAUACAGCUUUAUGCCAUCUAGCUACAGACAGAGGUCAUGACCACUCCGACUAUAUCAUUCUUGACCAAUGACAUCACUUGUAAGAUCUUUUAUUUUGGAGGUGUAAAAAUGGCUGUAUCCAGUGUUUUAAAAUCUUGUGAAGCAGAAAUGGAAUAUAUACAUUGACUUUCCAAGAGGAACAUACCAAAGAACUUCAGUUUAUUAAAAACUUUAAAAUUGUCUCUAAAUGUCAUCUAUGUUUUUUGUAGUGAAGACUUGUGACACAAUUGAUUACAUCUUCUACAUUUACACAUGAUCAUGUUACAGUCACUUUAUGAUUGGAUGCAACCAGUUACAACUGCGACCCAUGAAAAUCAAUAUCUCGUGGAUCCGAAAUUGUGACUUAAUCUGCCAAGGGUGAAGAGACGGGGACAAGAUCAUAAAUUAUGGCUAGCAAAGAUGUGUUAGUCCAUUAUUCACCAAACAAAAAAGCAAGCUUCACAGAAAUGUACAAAAGUACAAAUUCAAAUAUUUCAGGUGUAACACUAUGUAUCUGUUAACAUGUUAAAUUCUCUUAAAAGUUUUUUGGAAACUGGUCAGGUGAAUCCAACUUUUAUCAGCAGCUGUUAUAACAAAUAGAACAGAGGUGACCUCUUGCAAUACCACUGGUUAGUCAAUACGUUUUUGAUAGAAAUGUUUUGUAGUAUUUUCAGUUUGCAUUAUUUAUUUCACUGAAUGAUGGAAGCAGGCAAAACUUGGUGAUUUUUCCUUCAUAACAACAUUAAAUACUCAAAAGUCCAAUUUAUAUAUUUUAUUUUUUUUGAAAAGGGUGAUUUUCUGUACUAUUUCAUAAGUUUGUUUUGGUUGUGAUUUUUCUCAACAUAUUUAUAUACAUAUAUCUAUUUUGUUCAUGUUUGAUGUUAUUUUUACUGCAUUUUACUGCAUUUAAAUAAAAUAGUUUUUAACUGAGGGCAGCUUUAUACAGUUCUGAAAUAGAAUAUGUUGAAAAAAAGUAUUUUCUCAUUUAAACAUAUCUCAUGCUCUCUCUCCCGCAAUUUUUUUUUAUUAUUAUCAGAAAAUGAUCUGGUCCAUAUUGUUGGGAGAUCAGUGUGGGUAUUUGUAUUUUUUUGCCACUUGCUUGUAAGAUAUCAUUGUCUGCUAAUACAGAUGUCCUUUUGAACUUGUAUCAAACAAUUACAUCAGAAACUUUUCUAAUUCUACUAUAAAAAUGAGUGGCCAAUAGUUAUCCUAGAAAGCAAGGUAUUUAAACAGAUAUUUAUUUUUUGUGGUUUUUUUGGGUUUUUUUUUUGUCUAACCUGUAAUGAAAGCUGCAGAAUGUGAGACAUAGGAAUGCAAAUCUGAUGGUGACAAGGGUAUAAGCUAUUCAUAUAAAGUUUUGUAUUUUAGAAGGUAGAAGGAUCAUACCUUGUUUAUAGAUGAGUUAUGUUUUCAUGGUUCAGCUAUUGCUUAAAAAACCCUUAUAGUUUAUUUGUCAUGUGAAUUUCUCUCUUAUUAUUGAAUAGGAUAAUAAUAUUUGGUAUAUAGAAUCCUUACAUGUCUACAUGUUUGUCAGACAGGGUUCACCUGUCCUUGGCCUAAUUUAUUGUAUCAGUGAUCAAGGUUAAAGUUACAUGAUAAGGUCCGUUUCUCAGAUACACCAAACAAUCAAUCAGCUAUAUUUGGUUUAUGCAAUGAUUGAAAGGUGUGCAUGUCCAUCUGGCAGGUUUCAUCUGACCUUGACCUCAUUUUCUUGGUUCAUUAGUCAAUGUUAAUUUUUGUGUUUUGGUCGGUUUCUCAGAUAUGAUAGGCAAAUGUCAACUAUAUUUGCUGUAUGGAAUAUAUCAUAAUUGUAAAUUUUAAAUGUCUGUUAGGAACGUAUCAUCUUAUCUUGACCUUAUCUUCAUGGAUCAUUGGUCAAUGUUAAGUUUUCAUGAUUUGGUCUGUUUCUCAAAUACAGGUAGAUCCAACUAGAACUAAAGAAAAUGGUGGGUGAUCAAUAAUUAUCCCAGUUAGCAAGGUAUUUAAUCAGAUAUUUAAUUUCUAUAAUAUUUUUUUUUCAUACUAUAAAACCAAUAAAGUAUUUAACAAUAAAGCAUUUGAUGUGUCUAGUAAUUAAAAGAAUAGAUUUUAAAAGUACUGUAGUAAUAUGCAGGUUGAAGAUGAGUUUCCUUUCUUUUUGGUGGAAUGCACUGCAUGUGAGAAAGAAACAAAUUUAUUCUUGAGGCAGCAUGUUUUGCUUUUAUAUUUCAGAGAACAAUUAGGUUUUUUUAGUCUUUUUUUUUUUUUAAUGUUUUGCGAAUCAGAAAAUGUUAAUACUUCAGUGUCAAUAUUUAUUAGUUCUUGUUAUAAAAUAAGAAAAUUUCAUUCCAGAGACUACUUAAUUAUAUUAGAUACAUAACAUGUAUGUAUUAAAAUGUGAAGAAUGUUAUUUGUUAUGUAUGUCUUAAGUACAAUAAACUGUAAAUGUAGA